AUGGGGGACAUCGGAGUUUCAAUCUCCGAGAUACUAGAGGUCCGUGGCUGUGCUUUAAAUGACGAUGAAUUACUCGCUUUGAUUAUUAUUGGUUGUGAAGCAUUAGCGAAAGCCCCACGUGGUGUAUUUUCCCCUGCUCAUGUUUUUGUACAUACUGAAGGAGACCUUGAAAUCAAAAUUGUGACUCCUAGUGAUGUGAGUCAAGAGUACGUUCCGCCGGAAUUACUGGAGGACAGUGAUGUUGAUGCAGGUGCUGUGCAUGUGUAUUGCUUGGGCGAAGUAGUCCGUUUUGCAGGAGCUGCAACAUCUGAAAAUGCUGAUUUAUUUUCUUUGUUGAAUGUUAUGACUGUUAAUCAUGUAGGGACACGUCCGUCAAUAACUAGGCUUGCACAGAUGGCUAAAAAUAAAUUAAAAAUUCAAAAUCCGAAAGCUCUUCUCGCAGAAAUGUACGUUCUCGUUAUGGGUGAAGAAGGUGAAGAUGAAGACUUUGAUAUUUCUUCUGGAGAAUACGUACUUGAUGAAUUGGGGGAGAAUGGUGAGAUGAAGCAAAUGACAACAUCUUUGCACGAUAUGAUUGGAUCUCCAGAUUUUACCAGUACGAAAAUUGAAGAUAAUGAGAAACAUAUUGACAGCAGUAAAGAUGUUGAGAAGGAAUGGCUGAAAUCAUCCAAAUAUAUGGAUCCUUUUGAAGAGGAGGAUUCACUUAACCUUGCUACGCUUUCCGGACGGGAUCCAUUUAACAAAGAAUUUGUUGAAAAAUUGUCAGGGAUUGAAAAGGUGUCAAAACCAGAGAUCCAGUCGGAAAAAGAGGAAGCGUCAGCACAAAAUAAGGAACAAGGAAAACAGAAGCAGAGGAAACUCCUUAUUGAUGCUUCUGACAUGUUAAUGGAGUCUCCAGAAGUUGAAUCUUUGGAUGAGAACGAAUCAGGCAAACCUCCGCGGAAGAAACCGUUAUGGUCAGAGAACGCGAAACAGUUUCACGCUUUUGAUUAUGAUGAUGAGGACAUAGUCGAAUAUAAGGAAGAAGAAGAUGAGGAAGAAAAUGAUAAGGAGGAAAAGAAACAGGAUUUGUCCUUGGAACAGCUUGAUCAGUCACUCACCCUACCUCAAAGUAGCCAUGUUAUACCUGAGGGGCCUCUUUCACCAAUAAAAGAGACAAACGAACAAGUCGACAAGGCAGUGGAGCAACCUGUAAGCGAACCAACGUCUUCAGAUCUGUCUUCUCUAGAGGAAAAUGAAGUUACUGAAGCUGUUGUAGCAGGAAGCCCAGAAAGUUCAAGCAUACCUUCUGUUGCCCCAAAACAACGUUUGUUCGAGAAAAAUACAAGCUUUGAGAAGAGGGUUCCACCUAAAAGAGAAUCUUUUGAAAGUGAAAUCUCGAAGAGCGACAAAGAAAAUGAACCUGAUUCCUCUCACGUAGAAGCAGUGGUUGUUGAAAAGAAUCAGCCAUCUAUGCGUACGGAUCACGACGAACAUCCCGUCAAAGAAGCAGAAAAAAAUGAGGUGACUGAUGAUGUUCCCUCCUCCUCUACCACGCAACAGUUUGUUCGGCGCAACUCACUUGUGCCUAGUCGCAUAAGCGGCAGAAAACCGUCAUUACGGCACGCCAGAAAGAAGUCUAAAGCUGAACCAGAAUUUGUUGCCAACAUGAAUGCUCCUCUUGUACGUCUGAAAGCGCCAGCUAUGCGGAAGAAAAAGGUCACUCUACACAGGGUUGAGCAGACGGUCGUUGUUGUGGAGUUAUUAAAUGGAAAACGUGUUGAAGUAAACUGUCGCUCAGAUGCUGUGGCAGCGGAGAUCGCUGACGUUGUUAUGCGACAUGUCAAUUUCAAUGAGAAUAUCUUUUUUGGCCUCACAGUUAUACGAGAUGGAGAGCACUUCUUUUUUGACGACAAUCAAAAAAUUGAAAAAUUUGCACCAACAGGGUGGAAAAGUGGGCGACAGCAUGGUUAUUCAUCGAAAGCUUAUACUUUACAUCUGCGUUUUCGAUAUUAUCCCGCUUCUGUACAGUUUAUUGGAACUGAGGUAGUGCUGCACGAGUUAUAUCUUCAGUUACGUAGGGAUAUAUUGGAAGAUUGGUUACAACCUGCCGAAGAAAUUGGACAUGAGUUGGCGGCAUUGGCAUUACAGGCUGAGUUUGGUGACAAAGUUGUACCUCAAACAGUGGAUUAUUUUCUCCUUGAACACUACUUGCCUCGACGUUAUAUUGGAUCUAGUGAUGAACAGCAGAUAAGGAAUUCUCUUAGCGAAUUACAUGGACGCUGUAAGGGUAUGAGCAAUGAGGAAGCGCGAAGUCGAUUUAUAGACGUCUGCCUAAGACUGCCUGAUUAUGGUGCACAUUUUCACCGAGUAUUUAGAUCAAAGCCCUCCAGCAAUCUUGGUAAUACACCUCUUGGAGACCCAGAAACUGGAACCGCCCAGUGGAUUGCUAUAAUGCCUCGAGGAAUUGUACAGUACGAAGAACAGCGCGGUGGAAGACGUUCAACUGUACAACAUCUGUGGCAAGAUACGCAAACACUGCAGUUUGACAAAAAACAGUUUGUGAUUGUUUCUGACGUACACAAACCAGCACGUAGUGUUUUUUAUACGGACCACUACACGAAAAGUGCUUACUUUGUCCGCUUUGCUGCGUCACAACAUCGGUUUAUGAUGAAAAUGAGGCAUUGGAGCCAAACUCUUCAAAAUGAAGGAACUUUAAGAAAUCGAAAUAUCCCAGAUGUUGGGGCUGAAGGGACUAGCACGGUAUCUGGCAAGUCGUCUGUCAAAGAAUCUCGUAUUGCUUCGCAGUCCAUCAAAGGAGUAAAUGAUGACAGUUUUUCUGCAUCUAAAGAUGACAGCGUUGCAAAGAACACUACUGAUACGAGUGAGAAAGUGGAUGAAAUGAAACCUCGUGAGCAAAUCAUUGACAUGUCUCUUGCUUCCCAAGAUCGCAUAUCAGAACCUAACAAUAAUGAGACGAUGAAUGCUAGCUUAUGUGAUCGUUUGGAAGAAGCUUCCGCCGAAGAGUCCCUAGACAGUGAGGAUGGGAGGAAAUUCGAAGUCGUUCUGGAGAAGGAUCAUAAUUUGGGUUUAGGUUUAACGCUGGUUGACGGAAACUUGAAUGGUGUCAAGGGUGUUUAUGUGAAAGCAGUUGCUGAGAGAGGUCCCGGCAAAAAGAACGGGAUCACUGGAGGGGAUCGCCUGUUGAGUGUUAAUGGUGUUUCACUUAUUGGCAAAGAUCGUCAUGAGACAGUGGAAUUAGUAAGGAAAAGUGGAACGACCGUCAGAUUAGAAAUUUUCAGGCUAGAAUCAGUAUCAAGUGCACUAAUGCCCAACAAAAAAAAGACAGAAAACAGUCCUUCUCAUAUAAGGUCGGCUUCUGCAACCUCAAAUGGUGUAGCAACACGAUCCCGUACUCCUCCUUUGGCCCGUAAGAAUGUUAACGCCUUAAAAAAGAGAGUUCGGGCAGUAAGUGAUUUCGGGGCUGUUGGAGACACUUUACCUGACCUUAAGAGCGAAGAUGUCAUUGCUAACAUCAGGAACAACUCAAGGCUCAAGCCGCUAGAGCGUUUUCGAAGUGAAGAAGACGAAGGAAGAGACCUAUUUCGAUUACCUGCAUCUGCGAUUUAUAAAUUCGAUUCGGUAGAUGAAGAAAAUGCUUUACUCAAAACUCCAUCUCCAAGAGUGACCUCAUCCCCCUCCGACGAAUCAUCUCUUUUUUUUAAGUCAAAUCGUGAUCGCCUAAAUAGCGCAGAGAGGAGCAGCCAAGACACGGAAUCGCCUACUAGAAAUUUAGUUUCAAGGCAGAAAGAGUUUGAUUGGUCUGGUGAUGUAAGCGGUUCGGGUGAUUCUUCUAAAGCAGUACUUGUUCAGCUUCAGCGAAAUGAAGCAGGAAGCCUGGGCGUUCAAAUAGCCUCAAGCGGUGGAUCUGUGUAUAUCAAACAGCUCACGGCAAAUCCGGCACUGUCUCAUCCAGAAGUGAAAGUCGGAGACCGUUUAAUUCAGGUGAAUGGUAAGAAGACAGAGAAUUUGACUCACCAGCAAGUUGUUGAUUUAUUGAGGAAUGGAGGAGAAAGUGUUCUUUUGGUAUUGCAACAUUUUGAAGAGAAUGGUUACCUUCAUUCUGAAGAUGUUACAGAAAAGACGAUCCGAGUGGUUCUUGAAAAGUCGUCUAACGGCUCGCUAGGUUUAAGUCUUGCCAAAAAAACAGGUUACGACGGCAUUUUUAUUCGUAUGAUUGGCAGUGGUAGCGCGGCAGAUCUUGAUGGAACUCUUUUGGUCGGAGAUAAGAUUUGGGAAGUCAAUGGACGAUCAGUUGCGGGUUGUAGUCCUGGUGCUGUCGUGGAGCUUUUAAAAGGAGCAGCUAAUCCAGUUGAAAUUGUAGUAAAACGUUCAAUUAAUUCUUCUAGCUAA